AAUCUCUCUCUCUCCUCUCUCUCAGAAGAAGAUUCUUGACUACUUAAGAUGCUAGCAAAAAUGGCCACGAAGAUGAACGUAUUGUCAACCAAAUGGACCUCCGAAUUGGAUAUCGAAGAGUACAACAUCAUCCACCAAUACCACAUGAACUCACUCAUAGGAGAUUUUCCACAAUCUCUUUCGUCUCUUAAUGAUACUACCACUUGUUAUAACUUUGGUGCUUCUUGUAAUGAUGAUUUGGUUGAAGAUCAGAAACCUUCAAAGAUCCUCAAGACCACUCACGAAUCACCAAAUUUACCUCUUUAUCCUUUUCUCAAUUCUACUUCUCCACUCCCUCAGCCAUCUUCUAGAAUUCUUUCUUUCGAAAAGAUGGGAUUAAAAGUUAUGAACCACAAGUCUCCAAACUUAAUAUUUAUCCCCAGUGAAGAAGUUGGAUCACCAGAUCUGAUAAGAAGAGGGACAAAGAGGGCUCAACCUUUAACUCGAAGCCCAUCAAAUGCUCAAGAACACAUAUUGGCCGAAAGAAAACGGAGAGAAAAACUUACUCAAAGAUUUGUAGCUCUUUCUGCCCUAAUUCCUGGUCUAAAGAAGAUGGACAAGGCUUCUGUGUUGGGAGAUGCAAUAAAGCAUAUAAAGUACCUCCAAGAGAGUGUGAACGAGUAUGAAAAACAAAAGAAAGGAAGAACACUGGAAUCAGUUGUUCUUGUGACGAAAUCUCUUCUGGUUUUGGAUGAGCAUCAUCAAUUAUCACCAUCUUUCUCAGAUGGAAAUCGUGACUGCUCCAGCUCGAAUCUUCCAGAGAUCGAAGUUAGGGUUUCGGGAAAAGAUGUUCUUAUUAAAAUCAUAUGUGAGAAGCAAAAGGGUCAUCUGAUCAAGAUUAUGGGUGAGAUUGAGAAGCUUGGUUUAUCGAUCACCAACAGCAGUCUCUUGCCAUUUGGACAAACUUCCGACAUCUCUAUUAUCGCUCAGAAGACAGGCGAUUUUGAUAUGAAAGUUGAGGACGUUGUGAAGAGCUUGAGUUGUGGUUUAUCAUAGUUCAUGUGAAUGGUUUCACAUUCUUCAGCGAUUUCUCUUAUCCAAGAAUCAAAAGUUGAUUUUUUCCAUUUAAAAUGGUUUUUAGUUGAUAAAUUUGUUGUAUGGAUCCUAAGUUUCUUGUGUUUAAGUUUCCCGAAAGGCAUAGACAGAUUUUUUUCGCAGCUACUUGAUUGUUUCUUGCGUUGUAAAGUAUUCCGUUGGUUAA